AUGGCUAUGAUUCUGCCUGGUGCUCGAGUCGUAUCUCUGGAGGUGGACCCAGCACACAUGGUGAUAGCCCGCAACAUGGUGGCCUACGCGGGUCUGGCGCACAUGAUCGAUAUCUGGACCGGGCACAGCAAGGAUGUGUUGCCGCGGCUGCCCAGGAAGUAUGGUGGCCGUCACAACUUCAAGCUCUGCGGCGUCUUCAUGGAUCAGAAAGGCUCGCGCUACCACGAAGACUUGUCCGUUAUCGAACAGAUGGGCUUGCUCUUGCCUGGGGCCGUAGCCCGGACGACAAUUUACGUGUUGUAG